AUGAUCUUUAAAGGUCCCUUCCAAUCCAAACCUUCUAUAAUCGAUUUACAGACCUAUAAUAAGAAGUUGGGCCGAAUUCAUCAAAUAGAAUAUGCCAUGGAAGCUGUGAAACAAGGCUCAGCUACUGUGGGGCUGAAAUCGAAAACGCAUGCUGUUCUGGUUGCUCUAAAGAGAGCACAGUCUGAGCUGGCAGCUCAUCAGAAAAAAAUCCUGUACGUUGACAACCAUAUUGGUAUCUCAAUUGCUGGACUUACUGCUGAUGCAAGACUCUUGUGCAAUUUCACGCGUCAGGAGUGUCUGGAUUCUAGAUUUGUGUUUGAUAGACCUCUUCCAGUUUCUCGCCUAGUGUCACUAAUUGGGAGCAAAACCCAGAUACCAACGCAGCGUUAUGGCAGAAGACCAUAUGGCGUAGGACUGCUCAUUGCAGGUUAUGAUGAUAUGGGUCCUCACAUCUUCCAGACUUGUCCCUCUGCAAACUAUUUUGACUGCAAAGCAAUGUCCAUUGGUGCUCGUUCACAGUCAGCACGAACUUAUUUGGAGAGACACAUGACUGAAUUUACUGACUGUAAUCUAAAUGAGUUAGUUAAACAUGGACUGCGUGCCCUGAGAGAGACUCUUCCUGCUGAACAAGACAUUGUUUCCCUGAAUGUUUCCAUUGGAAUUGUUGGCAAAGACAUGGAGUUUACCAUCUAUGACGAUGAUGACGUAGCACCAUUCCUAGAAGGUCUUGAGGAGAGACCACAGAGGAAGCCUGCUCCGCCUGCUGAUGAAUCUGCAGAAAAGGCAGAGGAGCCGAUGGAGCACUAGUUGGUGGAUGAGUUCCUCUGUGUUAACAUAUAUGUCUAAUUAUACAGGAACAUUUAUCCAUUUGCUGGUAACUUUAUCCUCACCUAUAUGCAUUUUCUGCCGAUACGUUCUGAGGAUUACUCUUAAAAGAAAGAAACCAACCCACCUAUC